AUGAUCGCCACCAUGAUAGCUAUGAUCGGGGCCAUCUUCAUCCCCUUCUUCUCCAGAGGACUGCCCAUGUUCCUCGCCGGCGGUGUCGUGCAGGGCAUCCCCUGGGGCAUCUUCCAGACUCUGGACGUGACGUACGCAGCAGACAUCUGUCCUCUUCAUCUCAGAGGCUACACGACUUCAUCAAUAUGUGUUGGGUCAUUGGCCAGUUCAAUGUUCCUUGCUGCUGGCAUCCUCAACGGCUUCAUUCACCGCGACGACGAAGGGUCUUAUCGCAUUCCCUUUACCAUCCAGUGGAAAAGUCAACCUCACCUGUGCCCCGAGCAGUCAAGUGCGUUUGAGGCCUGGCCAGUCCCUAUUAUCAUCGCGACAAUCUUCACUCCCGAGAGUCCCUGGUGGUUCGUCCGCCACAACCGCAUCAGCGAGGCGCGCGAGGCCAUAGAGAAGCUGACGACGCCCCGCCCCGACAUUGACUUUGACAUUGAUGCGCACUUAGACAUGAUGCGUCUGACUGUCGAGUUUGAAGCGCAGACAAGCGGUGCCGGCGGACACUACUGGGACUGCUUCCGCGGGGCUGACCGGCGUCGCACGGAGAUUGCAGCCCUGACCUGGACGACGCAGGCCUUUUGCGGUGCCUCCUUUAUCGGCUACGGCAUCGAGUUCAUGAUUCAAGCCGGCCUAAACCCUGACAAUGGCUUCUCCAUGAGUCUGGGUCAGAUGGGCCUCUCGCUUGCCGGCUGUAUCAUUGCCUGGUGGAUCAUGACGCACGUCGGACGCCGCACCAUGUACGUGACCGGUCUGGCCGGGAUGACCAUUAUUCUGCUCAUCAUUGGAUUCCUUGGUCUCGCUCCCCGAAGUAACACGGGCGCUCCCUGGGCUGUUGGUGUCCUUAUCAUGGUUGGCCCGUCGUGCUACACCAUUGUCGCGGAGACUCCAUCUAGUCAACUCCGUGUCAAGACGGUGGCUAUCGCGCGAGCAUCGUACAAUGCUGGAGGGUUCAUCACGAACGCACUCAUGCCGCAGAUCAUUGGUCGCAACGCAUGGAACUGGGAUGCCAAGGGAGGAUUCUUCUGGGCUGGCAUCGCAUUUCUGUUCCUUCUCUGGGCCUGGUUCCGCCUCCCUGAGACCAUGGGGUUGACCUAUACGGAUUUGGAUCUUCUCUUUGAGCACAGGGUUCGCACGCGCAAGUUUUCGCCCGCGACAGCCGACAAUUUGCGACCUCAGCUUCAAGCCGUGGCCGAUGGACACGACAAAGCCACUGUGGUUGAGGCCGAGGUAGUCUAAACGCGCCCAGA